AUGCCAUGGCCCAAGCUGUGGUCAUCCUCGACAAAGGAUGAGUCUGGCUCCCAGAAGUCUCUGGCUGAGAGCGGUAAAGAUUCAUGGAAAUCGGAGUCAACUGAGACCAUUCAACGAGAACCUCACAUCCCGAGCCCUUCACUAUCGAGAGCCUUCACUCAACCCGAGACUAUUCUUGCUGCAGCUGUAUUGACGACCGCUUCUGUCGGCGUCUACAAGUUCUACAAGUCCUAUCUCCGCAGAAUACCACAGGCGGCCAACAUCAGUCCUGGAUUCCUUCGACGAAGAAGCCUCGUGGGUCAAGUGACGAGUGUGGGAGAUGGAGACAAUUUCCGAAUGUAUCAUACACCUGGGGGCAGACUAGCUGGUUGGGGUUGGUUCCCAGGACGGAAAGUGCCAGUGAACAAAAAAGAUUUGAAGGACCAAACGAUACACGUCCGUCUCGCAGGGAUAGACGCCCCCGAACUUGCGCAUUUUGGACGACCUGCACAACCAUACGCGCAGGAGGCGCUUGAUUGGCUCACUGCGUACAUCAUGGGUAGGCGCGUGCGGACCUAUGUCUACAAGGCCGACCAGUACAGCAGAGUGGUGGGCACUGUCUAUGUCUGGAGAGGCCUCUUUCGGCGCGACGUCAGCCUGCAAAUGCUUCGAGCGGGGCUUGCUACGGUCUACGAAGCAAAGUCGGGCGUUGAGUUUGGUAGGGCAAAAGAAGAGAGGUAUAGAAGGGCAGAGUGGUGGGCGAAGACCAGGCGAAAGGGUAUGUGGGCUGGGAAAAGGAAAGACUAUGAAAGUCCGCGAGAGUACAAGACCCGUUAUGGGGCUGGAGCUCCUCCGGAUGAAACGAAGCAAUGA